AAAGAUUAAACAUAAAAGCGCAAGGUCAGUCCUCGUGCGAUUUCGCGUCAGUUUCACAUCAAACAUGACUGAAACAAUCACGAUCAAAAACUUCUCCUCCUUACUAUCACUUCCACCGUCAAAAAAACUCAAGGAAUGUAAAAUCGCGCGUCUCACAGCUCCGGGUGAAAACUACGGAAGUUUAAUGCUAAAGGUGGACGUAACCCUGACCACAACUUCCGGCGGAAGUGAAACCCUCCAUCUUGUCGCCAAAAUGGUGCCGCCGAACCCCGACAUCCAGGAAAUCUUCAACACUUCGGUCACUUUCCGCAACGAAAUCGAAUUCUACCGAAAAAUCGUGCCCGCCUUACGCAACUUUCAAAAAAAAUUUGGACCGGAAGUCGUCAACUUCUUCCCGAAAUAUUUCGGAAGUCGGCUUAACCUCACCGGAAGUGACCACGUGGACCCCGACGCCGUCCUCCUAUUGGACAAUUUGAAAAUCGCAAACUAUGUCGGACUGGACCGAUGUGCUGGACUCGACAUUUCCGUGACUCGCCUAAUUUUGCGAAACUUGGCAACACUGCACGCCGUCCCCAUUGGCUUAAAACUGCAACAACCGGAAGUCUUCGCUUCGGAAGUGCGCCCAUUUCUAUCACCAUGGUUACCAAAGCGCGAAAUGCACGACAAGUAUCGCGCCGCCAUUGCCAAAAUGGCGGCCGAAAUUCCCGAAAUCGCCCACUUGACGCAGCGAAUCCUUGACGGGUUCGACCGGGAACUUAUCCCGGAAGUCCCGCGGGAACCGUUCGCCACCAUAGCCCACAACGAUUGCUGGGCUAGCAACAGUUUGGUGAAAUUCGAGUCAGGGGAGGCUGUGGAUUGCAAACUCGUUGAUUAUCAAGUGUGCGGUUACGGAUCGCCGGCUCGUGACGUCAUUUUCUUCCUUUUUUCAAGUGUAGGGAUUGAGGGUUUGGAACAGUUGGAACACCUCCUUAAGUUUUACCACGAUUGUUUCAUCUCCACUCUCAAGAAAGUUGGCUGUGAUGUUGGGCGGUUUGGUUUUGAGGAGUUUGGCAAGGAGUUGGAUUUUGAGGCGAGGAAUUCGCAGUUUGGGCACGUGGCUUUUAUGCUUUUCGUUGUUUUCACCGAUAAAACCUUGAUUAAGGAGAUUAAGGAGUUUUCCGUUGAUAAUAUCAUAGCAGGCGCUGGGAGCGAGGAGCAUAAGAGGAAGUUUGCGUUUGUUGUGGAGGAGUUUGCUAAAAGGAAUUGGAUUUGAGGGGCAGCUGAAGAAAAAUUGUGUUUGGACUGUGAUAAGCAAAAAUAUAAAUACUUGCACUGUAGAUAAGGUUGCAAAAUAUUGGUUUGUGGCAAUAAAAUUUGAAAAAAUUA